AUGAGCAAUAAAGCCCUUGCAAGUGAAUUUGAUUCAAAUAUUGAAGCUUUACGAACAUUUAUUCGAUCAUCUAUCACGCAAGAACAUAGACAGUGUAUAUAUUCACGUCGAAUGCCUACCUUUCCCAAUGAUUAUUCAGAAGGAACAAGUGAGCAAGCCUCCUUCGACUUAUGCAUGGGCCCUGAAGAAACUAAAGAAGCAGAAACACUUAUGAAUGAAGCUGAAUUGUUAUUGCAACAACAUUCUACAAGUACGGAUGAUUACAAAUUAUAUCAUAAAUACAGUAAUGAUUCAAUUGCAUAUUAUAAGAAACGUGGAAAUACAUUAAUUUUUAAAUUUAAUCAUAAAAUCAAAUACCCAGGCAAGUAUAAUUAUAUAAUAAGCAUUUUAUGGAAUUCAAAUGCCAAAUAUGUUGGUGAUCAAAUUGUUAAAGAAAAAGUUGCAUGUGCAUACUCUCCAAAUUUAAUGAUAAUCCAACAACGUUACAAAAAUUAUGCUAUAUCGCUCCAUAGAUAUUACUAUGCUUUAGCCAAAAAAGUUCAAGUAUCAGAUGACACAACUGUAAUUAUCUAUACGUCAUCUGAUAUAGAUUACUAUAACAGUGUCGAUAAAAAAAAAUACACAAAAACUAUUGUAGAAAGUGCAAACUCAUUCAAACCAAAAAUUUAUUCAGAAAAUGAUAUUAGAAAUGGAGAAUUGACAAGAAUGUUUAUUAAUAUUAAUACCCCUAUUUUUGAAGAUUUAUUAAUUAGAAUAGUUAAUUUAUCACAAAUACUAAAUAUUCUGAGAUCAACCACCAUAAUUUCCAAGAAAUAG